AUGCAUCCAAUCAUUAAAAUAUCGUUUGUUGCACUUAUAUUUCUGAACAACAUUCCAAGAGACGCUGGUUUUCCUAGCCUUCAUAAAUUACGCGAUGGUAAAACUUAUAAUGAUAUAGUUACUUCAAAACGACAGAUCAACGAUGAAGACCAUGAGAAAGCCUACAAUGAGUUUCUAGAACUGCUGAGUCAUUUAAAGAAAGAUGAUCGGCAAACUGUCUACACUAUCAUUCAAAUAACUGCUUUAGUUGAAGCUCGAUCAUGCAUAAAAGACGAAGAAACACGAAAUAAUUUCGGCGGUAAUAUCUACAAUACUUACGCUGAACUUUAUCCGAAAUUCAAAGAUGAAUAUCUUCAAUUACUCGAUAGAAUAGAUAAAGCUGAUCAAGUGAUAUUGAAGAGGAUGGUGGACAGAACAAAAGCAGCAGCAUUGGAAACGUGUAAAAUAUUAUUUGAUGAUGAAUAA